UUCACUUGUGGCACAAAAGGAUAUGCGACGACUGUUCUCAAAGACAAACCACACUCGCAUUUGCGUGUCAAGCAGUAAGAUAUCGAAACUUUAUGGACCUAAAAGUGAAACGUUAAAGCUCCGGGAAGCGGCUGUGUACUGUCAUAGACGUUAGAAGGCACUACACUCCAACGGGGGCAUGGGAGUUAACCAGUAUGAAUUGUAAUGUAAAACUAGUUAGUCCUCUUUUUAAACCCCAUUGUCCGGUAAAGCUAUUUAGAAAACUCUUCCGAUAAAGCAUUAAACUCAUCUUUGAGUCACUUGUCGACGUUUGUUUUCGAGUGUGGAGCGGGGUAAUUGUUGCCCCUAGUGGCCGUUGGGGUAAAAACACCCACGACGACUGCGGCUCUCGCCAACCGUCAAGUAUCAGCGGGGCCUCCGGCCUCAAGGAUCAGCAAUGGGUCCACGACGGCUGAGAGCACCACUGUCAGACGAAGAAGACGCAGCACUAGAAAACUCAGUAUGCCAAGCGACACAAAGAUGAGCUAUGUGCUUUAUCUGAAGUGUUUUCUAACAACAUUUUUCUGGUUUGCAAGAGAAAAGACUUUAAGCAUGGGGACUAACUCGUUGGUUUCCAAAAUGUACGUCGGGUUAACUUCCCCACCUUCGUUAAAGAGCAAUUUCCCGGCGAUAUUCAAUGGAAGUUUCCGGGACUGUCUCACCCACUGUGUGAGGGACAGUACUAAGCGGGACUAAAGUACAGAUUAAUGUAAUCCAGUGGCUAUGAAUCUCACGACGUCACAAUAUACAUAUAUCAUACAAUUGGUGGUGCAUUCAUAUAGGAGUAAAGUUUUUGUUGCAGUGAGUUAGAGGCGUUUUUGCGGUCCAAAGGAAAGCAUGCUGAUUGUCUGCCCCCCCCCAUAAAAGUUAAAUAAUACAGUGCUGCUAUGUUAACAAAACAGGUUAUCGCCUCUUUGGUGGGAGGUUCACACGUUAAAUUCCAAAGGGGCUGCAUACCAGGUGGAGCUUAAUAGAAGUUUUCAGUACAAAGGGGGGAUGUGUGCCUGACUUCUGUGUAAAACCCCACCCACGUUACAGCCGGAUCCUGUCAUCAGUUCAGCCUGAGAUCUGAUGGGAAACUCUCAUCACGAUUCAGCCCUGACUUUCACAUCCCAUAUGGAAUUCGGCAGAGAAGCCAGGAGAGCAGCACAGGGACUUACUCUACUCUGGGUCAAUGAAGAUGCCUGUGGUGAAGUACCAGAGAGGGGACAAGGUGAUGGGCCGCUGGCCCGGCAGCAACCUGUACUAUGAAGUCAAGGUGCUGAGCUUUGACACCACCAGUCAGCUCUACACUGUCAUCUACAAGGACGGUACUGAGCUGGAGCUCAAGGAUCAAGACAUCAAGAGUGCUGCUGGUUUCCAGACCCGAUCCAGGUCUCGCUCUCGUUCUCGAUCACCAGGCCGUCGUCGUAGCCGGUCACGCUCCCCAGCAAGGACAACGCGCCGCUCGUCCUCUCGUACAGCAGCGGCUGUCGCUGCUGCAGCCAUAACGGACAGCAUGCCAUCCUCUCAUAGGGACUCAAGGCUGAAGGAUAAUUUGGAAGUCAGGCUCAGCCCCCUGCAACCGACAGAGGCAACCGAGAACAAUAGCAACAAUAAACAUGAAAAGCAAGAGGAGAAACAAAAAGAGGAGAAUAACACGGCUAACAAAGUGAAUGAGGUGGAAGCAGAGCCUGAGAAGAACCAGGGCCGUUAUAAUCUACGUCGCAGGAAGGACGACGGAGCUGCCAAAGAAGUCGCAGUCAAACAAGAGCAGCUGGAGGAGGAGGCCAAGAAGGCUGCAGCUCCUGCUGCCGCCCUCUCCACCCCACUUGACUUCGGAGGGAAGAUAGUAUCCCUGAUGUGUCUUUUCCUUCCUGCAGGAGCCUAUUUCUGGCUGCUCUUUCUGCCGGCCUGGGUUCUCUUCCUGGUGCUCCAAAUCAAUCAGGGGGACCCCAGCCUGGUCAACUUUCCCCCUCCUCUGCCCCCUCUUGAAACCCUCUGGGAUACCCAGGCCUUUGGCUUUGUCCUCCUCUGGAUUGUGUUCCAGGCUGUGCUCUACAUCCUGCCUGUUGGAAAGUUGAGCGACGGCAUGCCGCUGAGGUCUGGGGAGAGGCUGAAGUACAGAACCAAUGGUUUCUUUGCCAUCGCGGUGAGUGCUGUAGCAGUGGCAGUAGCGGUGCACCAGGGUGUUGACCUCACCUACAUCCACAGUCACUUCCUGCAGCUAGCCGUGGCCACCUUCCUCAUCUCCGUCCUGCUGAGCGUCUACCUGUAUGUCCGCUCUCGCUACGCUCCCACAGAGAAGCUGGCGCUGGGGGGAAACUCUGGAAAUGUGGUUUAUGACUUUUUCAAAGGACGUGAACUGAAUCCUCGCAUAAAAGACUUUGACCUGAAAUUCUUCUGUGAGAUGCGCCCUGGACUGAUAGGCUGGUGUUUGAUCAACUUUGCGAUGGCGCUGGCUGAGAUGAAGAAGCACGGUCUGGACGCUCCAUCAAACAGCAUGAUCCUCGUGAACAUCUUCCAGCUGCUCUACGUGGUGGACGGUCUCUGGAACGAGGAGGCCAUCCUGACCACCAUGGACUUGAUGCACGACGGCUUCGGCUUCAUGUUGGCUUUCGGUGAUCUGGUGUGGGUUCCCUUUACUUACACCAUGCAGGCUUAUUACUUGGUCAACCACCCCAACCCCCUGAGCCUCCCAGCCGUUACAGCCAUCCUCAUGCUCAAACUUGUCGGCUUCUACAUCUUCAGGAAAUCCAACUCUGAGAAGAACGCAUUCAGGAGAAACCCAUCAGACCCAAAUCUCUCUUACCUGAAGUCGAUCCCCACAGCUACAGGGAAGAGUCUCCUGGUCUCUGGCUGGUGGGGUGUGGUCCGCCACCCUAACUACCUGGGAGACCUCAUCAUGGCUCUGGCCUGGUCCCUACCCUGUGGCUUCAGCCACCUGCUGCCGUGGUACUACAUGAUCUACUUCAUCAUUCUGCUCGUGCACCGAGACUCGCGCGACAUGAGCGAGUGCAGGAGGAAGUACGGGUCGGCGUGGGACGAGUACUGCCGGACUGUUCGCUACCGGAUCAUUCCCCGUGUCUACUGAGGAACCUGACGCUGGACGCUCGAGCUGAGGCCUUUUUUUAUUUUUUCACCCAGUAUAAUGGCUGUGAAGGCUCGCAAAAAAAACAAAAAACAAAAGAGCAAAUGCGUACGGAUUGACUGAAUUGACUUUUUUAUUGUUUAAACCAAGAAUCUUUAAAACGGUCUGGAUUUCUGGACUGAAGAAGCUACAAGUUUUAGAUGGAAGAAAAAGACUCUCAUUGUAAUUAUGGACUGUUUCAAGAAUUUUUACAUAAAUCUUAAAAUCUUAAAUCUUAAAAAAUGGGGAAAACAAAAUAAACGCCUCCGCUAGGAAUGUCUUGUUAGGAUGUAUAUUAUUGUACAUACACAUUUGUUUUGAUACUUAAAGAAUAAUGCACCCCUUGCAUAAUUUCUAAGUUUUAUUCUUUGCUCCCAUAUUCAGAAUUACAAUAUCAUUUUGGCUAUUAUGAAUAAUUGUAAGUACACCUUCCUACUAUAAUUUCCAGCUUGUGCAUGUGAAGGAUGCUACGUUUCUUUUUUUAAUUUUUAUUUUCAGUACGCUGGAAAGUAGGACUCAUGUUCUUUCUCAGGACCCAGAAUUUUGUAAGAAAGUUGAAUUAGAAAAGUUUUGUCUUAAUAUUUUUUUGUAUAGUUUUUAUAGAUAUCUAGUUUUGACUUGAGAGUGUAAAAUUAUUUUCAGAGGUUUCAAGAAAAAUGCACUAAUGCGUGAAGGCAUUUUUAUUUUAUUAUUAUUUUUUAUCAGUUCCAAAGUGUAUUUGAUUUGGCUUUGCUACCUCAGGUUCACCCACUGUCCACUUCUCCUCUCCUCCGCGUCCUCUGGUCUCAGGCAGUGUGUGUGAUUGUGGGUGUGACGUCACUGCCGAAGAGAGGAAAAUGAGUUAGACUUGUUUAUCAUUUCACCGACAAUGUGACCAUCCGUUAUCCACAUCCACAGGUGUGUGACGCUUUUUAAAAUGAAAUCCCCCCCAACUACUUUUAUUUUUGUCUUAUUUUUGUCGCAUUGAUGAAACCAUCUGUAUCUCGUCCUGCUAGUUUCUGGAGCGUACUCUCUCUCUCUCUCUCUCUCUCUUUCUAUAUCAUGAACUGGUCGUUGAUUUCCCGCCACUGCCACAUGAAUUUGAUUUUUACUUAUUUAAGCUUUAACUACCCAGCUCAUAUGAAACACACCGUUUUGAUGAAAUUUAGACUGUGACAACAUGCAGAUCUGUGGACUGUGUUUGCUUUUAUAACCUGUGCAUUUGCGAGCCCAAAAAAAAUAUUUUUCUGCCUGUGCAGCUGUAGAUGAGUACAUACGUAGCAAUACAGUUUCUAUAUUUAGGUAGCAUUUUUUUAUGCUGUGCUGACUGAAUACUCUGUAAAUAUAUAUUUUUUAAUCAUGUUAAUUUGAGUAAAAAGAGGUGAAAGUAGUGAUGUUUCUCAGUAGAUAUUUAAUGUUGCUCUUUAUUUUAAUUUUUUUUUUUUUAAGUUAACUACUCAUUUUGACCACUGUAGUUAUGUUUACACCUAGAUUUGCCAUGUUUCUGGGCAGUUCUUCAAAAUGUAUUAAAAACAUGUGUAAUGGUCUGCCACUCUCAUUUCCUGACCAGAGGGAGAAAUAAAAUACUUUUACCACCAUCCUGUUGAACCCAGGACUCAUUAUGGUGAUUGGGAUACUUUUAAUAUUAUGGUGGUGACCUUCUCUCCAGGGUUUGGCUGUGAGUCUGUGAGUGGAGAGCAAUAAUAAAAGUUGGAUGUAUUUUUGAUAUAUGACAACAGAGAAUGAGACGUUUUAAGCUCCAUUGGGUUCAGUGAAGAUUAAUCAAAUCAGCAGCAGUGGCUGGAAAAAAAAAAAAAGCUUAUCUGUACAAAUGUUGCAGCAUAAAAUAAAGAUUUACAGGAUUUCCUUU